AUGGAAUCGGUAAGUUGUGAAGAGAAAUUCUGCAUUGAUUGCAAAACCUCCAAAACACUGUUGUGGAGAAGCGGUCGUGCUGGUCGAAAGUCGCUGUGCAAUGCUUGUGGAAUUAGGUACAGGAAGAAGAGGAGUCCGAAUGGAUCAGAUAAGAGAAUCGAGAAACAAGCUCCGUUUUCACCGUCGUCUUCAAGUUCAUUCUCUUGUUCGACUAGCGCCACCUUGUACUCCGAUGAAGAUGUUGGGAUGAGGAAGCAGUUGAGGAUAAAGGUGGUGGCGGUCAGAAAAGAGGUGGUGGUGUUGCAUCCAUGGCCAACAGUUGUUACAAGUGUAUCACUACAAAAUAUUCAGCAAUGA